AUGGCGGUUGGGAAGAAUAAGCGUAUCUCCAAGGGCAAGAAGGGAGGCAAGAAGAAGACCGUGGAUCCUUUCAGCAAAAAGGAUUGGUAUGAUAUCAAGGCUCCGUCGGUCUUCAGCGUGCGCAACAUCGGCAAGACCCUGGUCUCCAGGACACAGGGCACCAAGAUUGCCUCUGAGGGUUUAAAGCACAGAGUAUUUGAGGUCUCCUUGGCUGAUCUUCAGAGUGAUGAAGACCAGGCGUACAGGAAGAUCAGACUUCGUGCAGAGGAUGUACAAGGGAGAAAUGUUCUCACAAACUUCUGGGGUAUGAGCUUCACCACGGACAAGCUCCGUUCACUGGUCAAGAAGUGGCAGACACUUAUCGAGGCUCAUGUUGAUGUCAAGACCACUGAUAACUACAUGCUGCGGCUGUUCUGCAUUGGGUUCACCAAGAGGCGGCCCAAUCAAGUGAAGCGCACUUGCUAUGCUCAAGCAAGCCAAAUCAGACAGAUUCGUCGGAAGAUGACUGAAAUCAUGAGCAACCAAGCUUCAACUUGUGAUUUGAAAGAGCUUGUGUCCAAGUUCAUCCCUGAGGUCAUUGGAAAGGAAAUCGAGAAAGCCACCUCUAGCAUAUUCCCCUUGCAAAAUGUCUUCAUCCGCAAGGUGAAGAUCCUGAAAGCACCAAAGUUCGACAUUGGAAAGCUCAUGGAGGUCCAUGGUGACUAUGCCAAGGAGGAUGUUGGUGUCAAGAUGGACAGGCCUGCUGAAGGCGACGAGGCCAUGGGAGGACAGGAGAAACUCUCUGCCGGGAGCCGCAAUGGGCAGAUCGGAGAGGGGGUAUCGCCCUCGUCCUCGUCGUCCAAGCGGCGGCGGCGGAACGAGGAUUACGCCACGACGAGGCGUAAGCACCUGUAUUUCAUUCUGGACGCAACGAGACGUAAGCACCUGUAUUUCAUUCUGGACGAUUGGAAGGACGGGUACAGCAUCCACAAGCUCGACGCCGACGACAUGGAUCCUUCAGGGCAUCUGUCUGAACCUUCCCUCCGGUUAGCGGCACCGGUGCCUGGUUUAAUGGCCUUCACCUCCCUGGGCACCACCAUCUUUGUCGACACCAAUCGUUGGCGCCGUGGCAGACAUGCUUCCCCGACCCUCGUCUACAACACGGAGAACGCUAGCCUCACCCUCGGCCCACGCGUUCCAGACGAUGUGUAUAGCUUGGGAUCAGCCAUGGCUGCCGGUGACAAGCUGUACGCGGUGACAACUGAUGCAGAGUCUCCCUCCUUGCAGAUGUCUAGUAGCUCCAACGGCCAUUAUCCUGCUAAUGGUGCUAAGGUUCUUCAUAGAAAAGAAAAGAAUAAAGAGAAAGUACAGCACGACAAAAAUGCAGCCUCUUCGGCCUGCCAGAAGGACGGGCAUUAUAUUGAGAAAUUAGAAACAGAAUUGAUGAACUGCUAUCAGGAAAUUGACUAUUUGCAGGAUCAGUUAAAUAUACGGAAUGUUGAAGCAAACAUCAUGGGGGAGCAUAUUCACAGUCUUGAACUGAAGCUGACUGAACUUGAAAAGUUCCCAGAAAGAGUGAGAGUGAUGGACAAUGAGCUUAUACGAUCUGAUUCUCAGUGCUGGCUUCUGAUGGAAGAAGUCAGAUGUAAAGAAGAGGAGUUGCAGAAGGCAGCCACACAGAUAGAGAAGCUUGAAAGUACAGCUUUAGAUUCACAAUGUGAAAUCGAGAGCUUGAAACUUGAUUUGACUAAUCUUGAGCAGAGGCUACUUGACGCCGAAAGCUUUACCCAACAUGCUGCUGAGCACAGAGCUCAAAUUGACAAAUUACUGGGAGAACAUGAGCUCCAGCUACACGAGGCACAGAGAACUAUUGAUCAACUUGUACUGGAGAAUAAGCAACUGAAAGAGCUGUUGCCUGUAAGAGCUCCUAAACAAUCCCCUUCUAGAUCUGGGCAGCAAAUUGACAAAACAUUGGAGAACGGUGUUCAUGCAGAAUGUGAAAAUGGUGAUGUAGUUCUUGAAAAGAUGGCAAAACGAAAUGAAGAAUCUGAACUUCUAAUUGAGCAGCUCAAGGAAGAGCUUCGAGAACAAAAGUUAAAGGCAAAAGAGGAUGCAGAAGAUCUCACCCAACAAAUGCCUGAACUAAGGUACCAGAUAACAGGCAUGCUUGAGGAAGAAUACAAGCGUCGAUCUUGCAUUGAGCAGGCAGCUAUUCAACAUAUUCAGGAGCUGGAGACUCAGGAAUCACAUGAACUAGCUCACACACAAGCUAUGGAGAUUAAGAAGUUGAAGGCUGCUUUAGAGAGAUUUAACUCCAUGACGAACCUGGGCACAGUUUGCAAAUCUUGCUCUUGCGGGUUCUCUGCAAUGUUGAUAGAGUUGUCUAAUUGCUCCAUCGAAGGACCGUCAGGCGGCGCCAGAUCUCCCAGUUCCAUCCACAUUGAUGAGAAGUCACAGAACCGAGCUCUAAUAGAGUGGCGUCCUGGUGAAGCUUCUGAUGGUGACGGCGGGUAG